ACCCAGUCCUGAUGGCUGAUGAUGCUCACGACUUCUGUUAUUGACCUUUCGCCUGAUAUCGUCGCGUAGUGCAAGCGUGCCUGGUUUCAAUCUCCCCAAUCCGUUCUCAAAGGAUUACCCCGCUAAAAUGAGAACUGUGCUGCAGAGAGUCAAAUCUGCCUCGGUCACAGUAGAUGGCCAGCUUAUAUCCUCAAUCGGCAAGGGCCUGCUCGUACUAGCUGCCAUCUCGAAAGAUGACACCGAGAAGGAUGUCGAAUCUAUGGCGAGCAAGAUUCUGAAAGCGAAGCUGUGGGAUGACGAGUCUUCGGAUCCAAUUGGUCGGUGGAAAUGCGGCGUGAAGGACAUUGAAGGCGAGGUCUUGUGUGUCUCACAAUUCACACUUCUCGCCUCAAUGAAGAAGGGCAAUAAACCAGACUUCCAUCAAUCCGCAAGUGGCGUCAAAGCCAAGACUCUUUACCAGAACUUCUUCAAGAAAGUGCAAGAUCUAUAUGAACCAGACAAAGUCAAGGAUGGCUUGUUUGCCGCAAUGAUGGACGUUGCACUUGUCAACGAUGGGCCGGUCACAAUUCAGAUUGACACCAACCCACCAAAAAUGGACGACCCGACAUCACUUGGUGGGAGCAGUGCGUCGACUGUAGACGUGAAUGACCUUGUCAACAACAUGACACGGAUAACCAAGGAGUUUCAAUACCCAGUGGAGUUGAUGGAAUAGAUUUGAUACCACUUUGGUUUGUUUGAACAUCGAUCGUCUUAGCAUUGUCGAAACACGUACAAAUUGUCAAUGUUGUUUGAUCUCAGGACACAAAUUCACCACAUGUCAAUUGUUGUGCCACAAUACCUAGUGCAACAACCGGCCUCCCAGUGGUACACAACGCAGUUUCAGGUAUUUUCUGAAGCCUAAUUUUGAUAUUCUUCCACAUCGGCCGUGUUUGAAAAGUCAAAAAUCAAGGUGUAU